UAAAACCCUACUGAUCCUCACACAUAUAUUUAUCCUCAACACUAUUCAACGUCUGCUCUUCCCAUCGUUAUUCUCCUCAGCGCCAGAUGCCUCCUAAGCGUCUCGCCGAAAAUCCCCCACCUCCCUCUGACGAAGAGGGAGAGGAAGAAGAAGAAGAAGAAGGAAGCAGCUCCGACGAGGAAAACGACAACGUUGUAUAUGAGCAAAACGACAAAGAAGAAGAAAAAGACGAUGACGACGAAGAGGAAGAGGAGAAAUCAUCCUUGCUGAAGAAAUCAAUCGUCCCUGCAACUCCUCAAAAAUCCGACUCGGCUACUGACUCGGACUUGGAGUCAACUCAACCAUCCCCUUCUCCAUCCGCAUUCACCAUAAAGCUCCAUAAGCCCCCUCCAAGAUCGUUCAGAUCCUUGUCAAAGCGACCGUCCGAGCCCGAAACACCGGCCAGUAAUAAAAAGAGUAGAGGCGGCGGCGGCGAUGAUGGAGAGACCAAGAAUAAGGGUCCGAUUCAACGGCUGUGGAGCGAGGACGAUGAGAUAGCGAUCUUACAUGGGUUGAGUCAGUACAAGUUCGAAAAAGGCGCCGAUCCUUACGCCGAUAUGGGCGCCUUCCAUGACUUCAUUAAGAAGUCCCUCCAUGUCGAUGUGUCGAAGAAUCAGCUCAUAGACAAAAUCAGAAGGCUAAAGAAAAAGUACCAAAACAACCUUGAUAGAAGCGAAAAUGGCGAAGUCCCGGUUUUCUCUAAACUCCAUGAUAGUAAAUCCUUCGAGCUUUCGAAGAAAGUCUGGGAUGAAAAUGUAAACCAGAGUGGCAAAGCUAAUAACAACUCUGCCGCCACCGUUGCUGGCACCAGCACUGGCGUUACUUUGGCGUUGCCGAGUGGGAGGGGGCAUGAUCUAAGAGUUAGAAAGCCAUUCAAGGUUUUGAAUGAAGAAGAAAAUAACGGAGAAGAGAAGUUUGAAGAGAAAAGUGAGAUUUUAGAGGAGAAUUAUCCGUUUUUAAAGGAUUCAUUUGAAUUAUUAGGGCUAUCUGCGGGAUUAAAAAUAAUUUUGAAAGAGAAGUUGGGGUUGAUUGAGGACGGGAAGUUGAAAGAAUUGGAAGUGAAGUGGAAAAGAUUGAAAGAAGCUGAACUAGAGUUGUUUGUGCAGAGGAUGGAAUUGGUUCAUGAACAGGUUAAGUUAACAUUGGAUUUAAUCAAGUAAUUAAGAGAGGACUCUCUCUUUUGGAAGCAGUAAGCUCUGCCUCUGCCUCUGCCUCUGAUGUAUGUUUUGAUGGAUUCAGAGUCCAGAGCUUGUAGACUUGAUCUAGUUGCAUUGCUAGCCGGUGGGAUAUAUCAUCUCGGCCCAUAACUUUGAGCGUCUAGUUAAUUAAAGAUUCUUUCUUUAGUAAGUGUUAAUUGAGUCUAUCUAUUUUAAUUUUUGCUCACCCGAGGACAAAAAAGUGAAACUAGUGAAAUCCUAAAUUAUGUUAAUAAAAUAUGCCUUAUUUAUUUUUAGAACAA